UGACAAUCAGUGUUGUUCCAUGGAUCAAUCAAGAAGAGUUUGACACAGUAUAUAAUUGGAUAUUUGCAGACAGGAAGCAGCAUCUAGACUUGAUCCAGCGUGGACUAGACAGAGUAUGGAAUUAUUAUUUUUUUGUGUGUUCUAUUGACACAUGGCAUAAUUAGGUCCAAGCAUGGUGUAAUCGAGGCAUGGCUCCCUAUUCAGUUGAAAUUACGGCCAUUUUAAUUGAAGCUAUUCUUCGUGAUGAGCGAUUUGGACAUACCAUGUCUCACAGAGAACUACGUUUACUUUAUACCAUGGCCAUCAUUCGAUUUGUCAAUGGUCUAGUCGAUCAACGUCAGACGGGGAAAUAUGCAUUGUCAGUCUUGACAAUCGCCAAAAAGAUCGGUCUGCCAUCAUGGUUCGUCGAUCUGCGUCACGAAGGUACUCACGAGCGACUACCUCACCUCAUCGUUCUUCGUAGCGCGGCGAUACAAGCGGUUGCCUGGUUGCACGAUCAUUACUGGAUCCAUAAUUUGAAGAAACCUGAAGAAGAAAAAAAAGAUCAUGAUAUCAAGAUGAAACUCAACAUGUACAAGGAGCGUCGAAAGGCUUAUAUCAAGGGAAUCAAGACUGGAGAUACGAAGCUGGAUCCAGCGAUCUAUGUUGAUUGUAUUAGUGCCUUGAUUGAAGUGAUUGAUGAAGAUAUUAUUCGUGAGGAGAUCAUUCCUUUAUUACUUGGUAUUGGUGGUUUAGUGCCCACAGCUAAAAAAAAGCGUGCUAGUUUAGAAAAUAUGAAGAUUUCAAAUGACUUGAUCGAAUUAUGGACACCGUUGCUGAAAGGCCUUGAUGUUGGGUAUCCUGAAUUUGCUCUUGACUUGGUAUCAUCUAUAAUUCAAAGACUUGUUUCAUCAGAUGAAUACGUGUUGAAUGAACAAGCCGUUAAUCCUUAUGUCAUGUUUUCACAGCAACAACAGCAAGAAAAUGAAGAUCCUACAAAGUCAAAGAGUUAUAUGCUCACGUUAGCUUGUUGGCUAAAAUAUUUUGCACUGGAAAUGCAAAACCCAAUUGAUGAGCGCACUUUGGGAAAGUUAGAUAUAGAUGAUUUACUCGAAGGUUGCUUAAGGAAUCCCAAUUACUACACACGAUAUGUACUACAGGCUCUGUGCCAGGUUGAUACAGAUUUAGCAGAAACGGUCAAGCCCUUUAUGCGAUACAUGGAUCAAUUAUUGAUUAAAUUGACACUUAAACAAAAAGAGACACCUUCAUUAGAAUCCGUAGAUGAUGCUGUAUUGGAACAAGAUCUUACGACCUUGGAAAGGCAGAUAGCAGAGAUAAAGGCAACACAGCGUCGACAGAGACCAGUCAAGCGACAACGAAUUGAAAGCAAGAGUUGGAAAUUACAUGAUCGCUGGCAGGCCUGUCCGUUAGGCAUGUUACCUAAUGGAAAGGUGCCGUGUCUUGAUAUGCGAGAAUGGUUGAAAAAAUAAACUUUAUUAUUUAUAGAAAAAAAGUCUUAAAUAGUAUAUAACAAAUGAUUAAACAGUAAAUACAUUGGGUGAAACGAGCCUUGG